GUUUUAAAAUUUAUUCACUUUCACUUUAUAAGUUACGAUUAUGUUUUUGAGUUUUUGCAUCUUUUAUAAGAAUUUUCUUUGGAUUUGAUUUUCAUAUUGCUGGAUAAACAAAUAAGAUGCUGAUAACAGAAGUUGUCUUGAUCUUCCUGGUACUUCCACUCAUGGCGGCAACACUGGCAGUGAAUUCCACCCUUGAUACACCUGAUCAUGGAAUUCUACCUAAUCACACGAGCCCAGUGUCUAACCUAACAGAACAUAAUGAUACUAUAGUUGAAGGAAGACAGCUCUUCGACACCUUAAGCAGGCCGUCUCUACCUCUCUUCCGAAUUGUAGCCUUCAGUGCUAGGAAAGCUAGGGGAAGUCUCCAGGCAUUCACCCACAUCCACUUCCGUGAUGUGUUGACAAAUGUUGGUGGCGGUUGGGACCACGCUACCAGCGAGUUUGUAGCUCCUUACAACGGGUACUACUUCAGUUUUCAUGCUGUCGGCGCCAGGAACAGUGAUUUCACAAUUGGUCUGACGAGGAACGGAGUUUAUCAAGUGACUGCCUACGGCACUGAGCCAAGCUUUGAACAUGGAUCUAAUUCAGUGUUUCUGCAACUGCGUCGUUUAGACAGGAUAUCCCUGGAUCUGCAACAAGGUAGCAUCUAUGAACACCCUGGUGACGAAGCUUAUACCACUUUCACUGGAUUUCUGUUGUUUUCGCUAUAAGAAAUUUAAAUCUUAAUAAAACUUUACUACUGCAUUA